AUGUCAGCUUCGAAGCCAGUUGGGCCACCCGUUUCAGCUGCAUACGGGACUUCUGAAGGCUGCUUUCCGUAUAUAAAUUACAGGAGAAGGCAUGUCAUAGAUUUACCCCACAAUUUUGAAACGCUAAAAGAUGAAGUGGAUAUUCUCCGUGAACGUUGGAAAGACGUCGAUGACUAUAUAAGUCGUCAAUCAGCGACCAGACAGAAAAACGAUAAUUAUGCAGCUCUUCAUAAUACCUUAUGUCGGAUAUUGAAAUAUUACCAAGAGAGAAUCGUCAACCGAUACAAAAAGCUAGUUGGACUUGAAUCAGGUGCAAACGGAGAAGCUGGAAACCAAACACCGGUCCAUGAAUUGUCACCUGCUUCCAAAGGUUGGAAGAACAAAUUUUAUACCCCAACAUUCUACAGACUUUUAAGGUUGGAUAGAGAUGUUCUCAAGUUUAUGACUGAAAUCACUAAUCUCAAAAAUAAGAUUACACUUGAGCUUGUUACUAGUCGGAUAAAUCCAGAAAUUGUUGUAAGACAGAGUGCGCAAGAACUAACUCAUGUGCCUUCACAUCAAGCGGUCCUUGAGAUCCCAGAGGACUGGCUAUGUGACCCAGGCUGCAAGAGGAUUAUCAUUCACAGAGAACCACAAGUUGGAAAAACAAAUAUUUUGAGAAACUUGAAUAACUGGUUCGUUCAAUGCCCUCCCGACCUGAAAUUGGACUACGUCAUUUGGGUGAACUUUCCGACUGAUUUGCCCAAGCCAGAGGACAUCAUCACUGACAUACAAGAGAAAAUUAUUCAGCAUCUGGACUUAACUGUGCAGAAUAGUGGAAGAAUCUCUGAAGAACACAAGCAUGGGAAAGUCAUCAUUGAGGCUAAAGAUCCAUAUCUUCUGUGCAAUUUUGCAUUCAACACAGAAAUCAAAUUAGAGAAGCUACCACCCCAAGAUUCAAGGAAAUUAUUUGAUAAGAUCAUUGAUGAUGAAACAUUUUGUAAACAAAACACAGUUCUAGCUGACAUGAUCGUUGAGGAGCUAGGUGGGCUUCCGGGAGUGAUCGCAUCCAUAGCAGGACAGCUGAAAAUUAAUAAACGAGUAGAAUACUGGGAAGGUGUGAUUCAAAGAUUGAGAGCAGAUAUUUGGGACAGUAAUCUUCUAGGCUUGGCAGGCUUGGCAGGAGUAAAAUUGGAUUUUGAUACAACUUAUAGUAAAUUGAAAGAGAAUGAUCGAAAGUGCCUACAUUAUGCAGCAUUGUUUCCAAAAGGGUUCACAAUUCCCAUAGAUAUUUUGGUCGAAUGUUGGAAAGCUGAAGAGUUUCUAUGGUGUCCUACUCCUACAUUCUCUCACGCACGAAGAGAAGGAGAGUGUGUACUCAACCAGCUGACAGAGCUUCAUCUCUUAGAGAUGUGUUCUGAGCACCAUUUCAAGAUGCCAAUAAUCUAG